GUGUCGCCUCUGCUGAGUUCUCGAGAGCAAGGGGAUUCCGAGAAUAAACAAUUCCGUCAGACUCGACUACAGGUCGCAGAGCCUGAUCACUUCGAUCCAAACCCGAGGCAUUUUGGAAUAAAUCAUCAAUAUUUCUUAAUUAACGCGCGUUCGAGAAAUCCGACCUUUUCACUGAGACUAUCCGAAGGAUUUCCUCCUGUCGAAUAAUGAUGCGCCUUUUCGCUUGAGUGGGGUCCACUGUCAGCCAGCGGGGUAGACAAACCCAAGCAGGUUAAGUGGAGGGACUGAGAGCAGAGCAGAGCUUAGAUCUGGGGGAGAGAGAAGCCGUCCAGGCUAAGUGAAAAUGCCACUCAUUCCUGACGAGUCCCCGGCCUGGUGAAGGUCCCCCGUCUGAGAUCAGGAGAGCGGAAAGGCGCCACAUAGAGAACCGCCCCCGGGCCUGCCGACAGACACACAUCACAAACAUCCACAGCCACGGAAUGCGUCAACAUCACUGUGGUGGUGAAAUCCCGCUGCCUCCUCACUCCUCGCCGCUCACUGAAUAAGCCUAUACCGGGCAUUCUGGGAGCAUCCGGUGUUCACAGGCACACAGGAAUGCCAGCGAGGGCCGGGUGAGAGCCCCCAAAUGGCUCCCGUCAUGGCCACAUUUUCUGUGUAUUAGUAGCUUUUUCCACUGUGGAGAAGGGAUGACUUUACAUUGAGCCCGUGGAUUCCAGUAUCUGUAAAGACUAGAACCUGCCCAUGUGCAUACUUACCUCUUAUCAAUAUCUGAAAGUACAGUACCUGAUAACCUAGUGGACCUUGUUAUUCCCAGUAGCAGUGCUGAACCAUACGAGGGGGAUCCUAGUAUUGAACAUGACUCAUGGGGAGGAGCCUGGCCCUGAGACACACACGGAUUCAGCUGUUCUAACUUAUCUGGAAGGUUUACUGAUGCAUCCCGUUGCGUCUGGGCCUGGGGCCACGGCAACCCGGAGAUCAGAGGCUGCCCACGGGCACGGCAACCAGGUGGAGCAGGUCAACAAGACGGCCCGGCCCUUCCAGCUGCCCAGCCACGGCCCCGCCAUUGUCGCUGUUCAGAAGGCCGGGAACGGCCCUGCCCUGCACCAUGGGGCCUCCCAGAACCUGAAGAAGGCCCGGCUGCUCCGCUCAGGGUCCUGGAAUGAGCCUGGGGCCCAGAGGCUGAGCUCCCCCCCUGUGGAGAUGCCCAGCCAGGGGGGAGGAGGAGGCCUGCAAAACGGGGCCCUGGAGGGCUCUCCUCACGCUGGGGAGAGCACCCUGCUGGCCUCCCUGCUCCAGUCCUUCAGCUCCAGACUGCAGAAUGUGGCCAUGUCACAGCAGUCCACCAAACCCCCCAGCGAGCGCUCCCCGCCCACUGAGCCCCCUCCUGCUGCAGACAAGGAGCGGCUCCCCUGCUACGGCAUGGCCUCCAGCCGCCUCAAGGGCCUGAUGAGGAAGAGCAAGCUGCAGAACCACAGUACUACGCCUUAUAGCCGGCGAGGCCACGGCCACAGCCAGGACAGGCCCUCUGAGUCCCCCUGCUUGGUACAGAGCAGCACCCCUCCCUCUGCCCCCACCACUGCUGCUGCUGCCACUGACGCUCAGUCCUGUGCAGAACGGCUCAAGGCUGUGGCCAACCUGGUGAAGAUCCGCUCCAGCCCCGCCCCCUCGCCCAAGCCCAGUGUGGCCUGCAGUCAGUUGGCCCUACUGCUGUCCAGUGAGGCCCACCUGCAGCAGUACAGUAGGGAGCAUGCACUCAAGAUCCAGCACUCGGGCCACACGGCCAGCGAGAGGCUGGCCGCCAUGGCAACGCAGCAGACCCAGGACAAGAGGCCGCCCAGUGCGGGAGAGGCUCCGCCCACCAGCACCACCACAGUUGCCCCAGACGCACUAAGCUCCUUAACCGCCCAAAACAGGACAGCGACAACAACACUCCCCCGACUGGCACUAAACUCCAGCUCAAGGCAGCGGAGCCCCUCCUCUCUGCUGCCAGCCCACAGCUCGCCCCGCCCCACCCCUCCUCCUCUGCCCCUCACCCCCCACACCCAGACCCAACCCCAAACCCUCACUAGGGAGAAACGUGGCUUUGACUCGCGCCCCGCCAGGCCCCCCCAGACCUGUAGCAGCCUGCUCCUGCUGCUCCUCAACAACCACAACAACCAGAAGCAGCUGACUAAGAAUGGGCACCUGGAGGGCGACUGUGGGGUCCUGCCCCCUAGCCGCGGCUCCUCAGUCACCUCCGACAGCGAGUGCUCCGUCCAGGAGAAGAGCCUGGCCAAAAGAGAGGAGAGCUGCAGCGACGCAGAGAGCUCCUACUCCAGCUGUUCUCCUAUUGACCUCUCUAUGAGGAGCAGGGCCAACACCAGAGCCCCAGAGACCAGGCCUAAAGCCACCUCCCCCUUCACCUCUGCUUCCUACUCUUCUACUGCUUUCUCCUCCAGCUCUUCUUCUGCUGUCUUCUCCUCUGCCCCUACUGUCUUCACUUCCUCCUCUACCGUUCUCUCCUCUUCCUCCACUGCUUUCUCUUCCUCCUCUACCAUUCUCUCCUCUUCCUCCACUGCUUUCUCUUCCUCCUCUUCCUCCUCCUUAGACAAACUCACUGAGUCCCUGCUAAACAAGUGGAAGCCGGAUACCUCCGGGCUGAAGGUUCCCCAGGUUAAGAAGGAGCUUGAAAUGAGCCCAGACCUUAAGUCUCACCCCAGGGUCACUCUCAUGCAGCUCCUUCUGGAGCGCAAGAAUAACGACAAGGUAAACAAAAUUGUGGUUAAUCCCGAUUUGCAGCAUGACGCAACCCUGUCCAGUCUGUCACGGGGCCCACUUAAAUCACUGGCCCCCUGGGAGGAAGUCAGGACACAGAGCCCUCUGGACAGAUCAGGCACAGGCCUUCCAUUGUACUCUCUCAGCCGAGACCCCAGCAGCACCCCAUCCCCCUUCUCCUACCCCUCUCCCCAUGUCCAGUCCAGCCCUCUGGAUCUGUGUAAGUCUAAACCCUUCCCUGCUGAGAAAGCUGCAGAUGAGCCGGCGUUCAGCGCCAGUAAACUGUUACAGAACCUGGCCCAGUGCGGCACUGCCUCACCCUCCCCACCCAUGGCUCCCAGCAAAGUACCCAGCCGGGAGCUGGAGGUGGGUGGUGGCAGGCCUCUGGCUCUGCUGGAGAGGCUCAACGCCCCCAUCCAGAGGAACAAAACAACUACCCCCCUCUCAGACAGGCCCUCGGGCAGCGGCACACCGUCGUUCGGUCGCCGGGGGAAGGUGUCGCCCACCUCGUCCCAGAUUGAGAACCUUUUGGAGCGUCGCACAGUACUGCAGCUCCUGCUGGGAGCAGGCUCCUGCUCUGCCUCCUCCGUGGCCUCAGCCACCCACAGAGACAGAGACAGGUCCGGUGGGAGGUGCAGUGUGGAGACGGCGGUGGGGAGCUGCUAUGAGAAGCCCCCUGGCACCUCUGUCAUCUGUGACAGCUCCAGCGGGCCCUCGGCAGCAGACUUCAAGGUUAAAACUGAACCGGGGGAAGAGGGCCUGUUGUCCUCUGCAGUGUGUCAGGAUGUGACGAGCAGAAAGAGACGGGGAGGAGGAGGACGAGGAGGGGGAGGAGGAGGAGGGUAUGACGACAGGCACAGCCCCCUCUCUGAACCCCAGCAGGACCUAAAAACAGAGCCCCGGCCCACAGAGGUCAUUGCUAAAUAUGGCCUCCUGAGCCAGCUCCUAAAACAGCAGAGCGCUACCUACUACACCAGCGCUACACAGCCACACACAGAUCGCCGGCCCAGCCCUGUCCCUGUGAAGGAGGAGCAGAGAGACUACCACCACAAGGGGCCCAGCCCUAAAAAGAGACGGCUCUGCUCAGAGCUGGCUGAGAGCCUGAACAAUGGCAGCCCUCAGAGGGCCAUGGUGGACAUUGGAAGCAGCCACAGCCACAGCAGCCUGGUCCAAAGCCUGGUCCAUAGCCAGAUACAGGAGGAGCCUGAUUACCACAGGGGCUUUAGGAGCCCUAAUGAGGAGGAGGCCCCAGCCAGGAGCCCCAGCAGUGAAUCUCUCCUCCCUAGGGAGAGCCGGGGAUUCAACGUGCUCAAACAGCUGCUCCUGUCUGACAAUUGUCUGAAGGAGCUGUCCCAGCAGCCCCGGGGGGUCCACAGCCUCUCUGUGCUGCACACCAACGGUAAAGCCAACGGGAGCAUCCUCAAUCUCAAUCAGCCAGGCUACAAUCACCAUGACCUCCUCAACCUGCCUACCCUGCCCUGGCACCACCCCCAUAGCUCCCUCAACUCAGGGCCCCCCAGCCACCUCAGACCCUUGCCCACCCCCCCGACAGGGGACAUCAGUCAAAGCACCCCCUGGGGGCGACACACAGCUCCUCCACCCCGUCAGGACUCGCCUAAACGGGAGCCCACCACGGUGAAACAGGAGCCGGAGAGCCCGGUGCGGUGGGCAGGUCGAGACCAGGAGGAGGAGGAGGGCUGUGACUUGAGCCCAGACUCCCCCAGGCUCACCCGCUCCAACCCCAUCCUGUACUACAUGCUGCAAAAGGGCACCGCUCAGCUGAGGAGGGAGGGGAGGGACCAGGCGGAGGGAACCCAGGGGUCAGGGCCAGGGGGAGUAAGGGUAAAGGAGGAGCCGGGUAAUGACGGCCAUGAUGCCUAUGAACACAGACUGAGCUCCGCCACCACCACCCAGCACUCCUCCCUGUCCCCUCCCUACAAUAACAACAAGCACAGCCACAAAAACUAAUGACUUUCAUUAACUAAAACAUAAAAAAUUGCCAAAUUCAUUUGUAGUUUGAUGAGAAGAAAUAACAACAAGGAAUGCAAGAGUGAGGAAAAUACCAGAGCAAAUGAAUUCAAGGCAUUCUUUUCAUUACUGUAUCAUAAUUAUCGAUGGCUCGGUUUACGGAAUGGGCGGUACGAUAUAGCUCUACUUCAACAGAAUGUCAAAUUACUUGAACCAAAAUUUUAACAUGCCCACUGGUGAUUUCCAUACAGUAUGUAUUUCACAUUCUUAAAUUAAUGAAAGAAAGCACCUUUCAAAGAAGUUGUCUGGUUUUACUCCAAUGAUUUGUGUCUGUAUUGCACACAUAUCACUAUUCUGUGUCCUCUUUGUUGCCACCUGUAAAACAUUUAUGAAGAACAUUUCCAGCGACAUUUAUUAUUGAUGACUCCAAAAAUGUUAGCGCUCAGUUUUGCUGAAUAUUUAUUUAUUUUCCCAUCAGGAAGUUUUCAGAUAGAGAGCAUCAAUUUUUGAUCAAACCCUAAAUAUUUUUAUACCAGGGCAAGCACAGCAGUGAUUUAAAACAUACACGAUAGAGACAUGUUUAAAGGAAGAGCUUGAGAACAAUGUUCAUAAUAAAAUUUACUAAAGGUACCUACAAUUCCAUUCUGUUUGAAGGCACUGUAUUGGUUGCUACUGCACCGUCUCCUCAAGACUGAUUUAAUUCUAUGAUCAUCAGUGAGUCGGCUAUGUCAACUGACAGACAGGGCUCAUGUGGUCACAACGCAUUGCAUUUUGCUUUGAUAUGUAAUGAACUUGUUGGGGCUACGUUUUGACAGUGCAGAUGCGGGGUGACGUCUUAAUAGAUGGUAAUACAACUGGUAAUACAGCUAUUACUGUAUAGUAGUAGUAGAGGUUAUUUAAAAAACCUUUGACGAGCCCACCUGUGGGAGAGUGAGUGUGUGGGUGGCAGUAGUAGUUGUAUACCAGUGGAGGCUGCUGAGGGGAAGACGGUUCAUAAUAAUGGCUGGAACGGCGCAAAUAGAAUGUCAUCAAACACAUGGAAACCAUGGAAACCAUAUGUUUGAUGUUGUUGAUGCCUUUCCACCUAUUCCUCUCCAGCCAUUACCACGUGCCCGUCCUCCCCAAUUAAGGUGCCACCAACCUCCUGUGCUGUAUACAGGUCGGAGCAACGGUUAAAAUACUGCAGCAUCUGCAUAACUGUUAAUUCCAAAUGAAUUCAAAAUGAAUGGUUUUGAAAUAUAAAUUCAUAUUCUGAAAAAAAGAAAAGAAAAAGCAGUCUAAUUUGAUAUUGUACCCCUGAGUUUGCACUGUCAAAGUUGAGCUGUUGGUGUCCUUAAAAAUAAUAUGUUUAUGGCAUGUAAUGAAAAAAUGUCAGUGUUGUUAUCCAUUGAGAAUUUGACAGUUUGUAAAGCUUAUCUUGUGUUUCUUGAUUCUCGUGCUUUAUAGACACCUUUUACUUUCUUGGCGGUUUCUUAGCUCAUAUUAAAAUGUCAAAAUAAUUGCAUGGAAAUAAAGAAGAAACUGCAGCAACAUUUUAAAGCAGCUGGAUAUGACGUGAACCUCUCACCCAAUAAUCAUUGAGACAUUUUCGGUGUCUUGAGGGCUUAUCUGAUCUCUAGCUCGUUAUUUGGAUUGUACUGUAUUUGAUCAGUUUCACAGUUUCAGUUUCACACACUGCUGUCAUCCAUUUAGUCUUACAUGUGAUCUUUUUUAAUACAUAUACAUAUGAAGUACAUAUUCAGUACGUUUCUUCUAUUAUUAAUAGAUUUUCACAAUGGUUAAAUAUAUUUGUGUAAAUAGUACUUUCAUUAUGAAAGAUAACUAUUUUGUAUUGUUGAAGGAAAAUAUUAUACCCUAGUUUUUAAUGCCCGGAAAAAUGUAAAUAUGAAUUCUAUGCGUAAUAGUGUACAUACAUACAAAUGACAGAGGAUGCUAUGCCCAUUUUUUGGUUGGUUUGUUCUUUGCAUGUGUCUCUAUGUGGUAAAUGAUAAUCUAUCCUGCGCUGUGUUGUGUAAUACUGUCUGACUCUCCUCACUGCUGCCUGUUGCAUGCAGACGCAUGGGAACUACCUGUGUAUCCCUACUGGUGAUGGGGCAAAAUGUCAAGUCUUAAAAUAGGUAUUUUUAUCACAGAGAGAGAUGGGGUCAUUUAGAACAUGAGCAGUCCCUAAAUAACCAGACUGUUGAGCAAGUGGAAAAAACGUGUGAAAAUAAACGUGCAUUGAAUAUUUUUGUGGAUUUAUUUUCUGUUACUGGUUGAUGACAGAGCGGAGGUAUGAAGUACAAUCAUAGACCUACUGCAUUGUGCAUCUGAAACAUACAUUUGUAGCAAAAAGAAAGUGUUUCAUUUUUCCAUGUGACAUCCUGAAAAAUUAUUUCAUUUUUUAUGUUUUCCUUUUUUUGGUGUUCAUUUGCACUGAUAUCUCCAAAAUAAAGUACUAAAAUGCU